AUGGAUAUGCAGAUGACCUUCUACUGGGGCUACCGCUCCACCAUCCUCUUCAGCUGGUGGCAAACACACGACGCCGUGGACUUUUAUUUGGCCGUCUGCGUGAUUUUCGGCCUUUGCUUGGUGAGUGCGUGGCUGAAGCUGCAGUGCCACAAACUGGAAGAGCGGCGACGCCUUGCCCUCGUGUCUCCGCUGCCAGCGGCAGACCCUCUGCGCGAGCCGAGGCCUGCGUCGAGCUCCGCAGAGGACGCGCGCAUCGCCUCCUCCUUUUCGGUUCCGCUGAUCUGCUCAGACGACGGAGGCGCCAAGCGAUGGAGCCAGGCACUGUCCGGAUCGCGCUGUGCGGCGCCGCGGCUGAGCGCCGCUCUGCGAGUCGAGGGCGGAGAAGACGCUCGCGAGGCCAACGCGAAGCGCGCCUGCUGUGCGACUCAGCGAGGCGCCGAAGAGCGGACGGAAACGACUGGCUAUGACGCGUGUGCUGAAGGACUUUGCGAGGCCGGCGCAGAGCCCGCUGCCGGAGGGCGCGCUCGAGACCACGGGACCUGCGCAUCCGCGUGCGGAUGCGGCCGGGAAGGCCCGGCGGCUCGAGACGCGCUGGAGCACUCCAUAGGUUCAACUUUUAGUCCGCCGACAGAGGGCGGCGGGGCGCGCGGCCUCCGAGUCGAGAGAGCCUCGCACGCGUGGGCGAAUGGCCUAACUGAGGGCGCCACGGAGACGCCUGCUGAGCGUGUUUCAAAGUUUGCAAAAACUGCACGCCGGCUUUUUUCCACAUGGCUCUUCGCGUGCGCGAUCGCGGCCAUCGACUGGAGUCUGAUGCUCGUCUGCAUGACCUUCAACGCGGGGCUUUUUCUGACUGUAGUCGCCGGGGUCGCUGCCGGCCGGACAGUCAUAAACAGUCGGAUGCGCAAUUUGUGGGCGCGUCCUUGGCAGGAACUCCUUUGCUCCCACGACCACUCGUGA